CAUCAUGGCUCGCCUCCCAUACGUCUCAGCGGACUCUUUCCCUCCUGGGCUGCCGCCGGCAAACAUGCUCCGGAUGUGGGCCCACUCGACCGCGACCCUGCGCCCGGGAUUGGCGUUGGGGACGGCUUGUAUCACAGCGCUGUCGAUUUCUCCGUUCCAUCGAGAGGCCCUCGCUCUUUACUGUUCCGUCAAGUUCGAGUGCGAGUAUAUCUGGAAUCGACAUACAGACGAUGCGAGGAAGGCAGGUCUUACAGACAGUCACCUCCAGGCGCUCAGGAGCCAUGACAUUAGCAAUCGUGACGUGUGGACCGAGGAGCAAAUGGCACUCCUUGCCUUCCUUGGUGACGUUAUCGACCGGCCUGAGGCGACCGACACAACCUUUUUGGAAGCCGGGAAGUGGUUUAAUGAGCAGCAAAUAGUAGAGAUCAUUACCGCCCAGGGAUUUUAUUACAUGUGGGCGCGUGUGGCCACAACGUUGCGAGUCGAACCGGACACGGGGAUUCUGGGGGACGACCAAAAGGCGAAACAGUGGGCGAACGAUGCGAAGUAGCCUUGCCGCCUCUCAGUCAUCAAUGAUGGCACUGGCCCUGAAAGGCUCUGUUCCAUUGCCAUGCGGCUUGAGGAAACGAUGUUCGAUUACAGUAGUUGAUGCAAAAGCUACGCCGCUUGUAGUAGACUGCUCUCGAUUACUAUGGGC